AUCGUUAAUUUUCUGAUAGACAUGAUCACGUCGAGGCCUCCACACCGCAAUCCCGCUUCCCUUGUGGACCAGGUAUUGGCGGCUAUACUCCAGAACCGACCCUUUGACGCUCGGCUUGCUGCCUCAGCUACCGCCGGUCAAUCUGUAUGGACCGUAGAGUCAGUUUCCGAAGUCUUGAGGUCCAUACCGAGGGUCUUCUUCCAAUCCGCUCGCUCGAUUGGCCGCCAAAGCGGCUUCCGACACCGCGCACCUUUGAAGCAGCGAAACCUCAAAGUGGAGUCCGAUAAGUUACGGCGCAAUGUUUUGGUUCUUGGCCCUGCCGCUUACAGAGACCCCCAGAAGGUGAGGUUGGGAAUGGACAAAGCAAUGGAGUUCUACUCUUGGGUUGAGGCCCAUUUUGGGUUUGCCCACAAUGAGAUAACUUGCAGGGAGAUGGCCUGCGUGUUGGCCAAAGGGAAUAGAUUGAAAGCUCUUUGGGAUUUUUUAGGGGAAAUGUCGAGGAGAGGGAGUGGCGAGCUCGUGACCACUGCUACCGUUACCCGUUUGAUCAAAGUUCUAGGAGAGGAGGGGUUGGUUAAUCAGGCAUUGGCUGCAUUUUAUAGGAUGAAGCAGUUUCAUUGUAAACCGGAUGUUUAUGCCUAUAAUACAAUUAUUUAUGCUCUUUGUAGGGUAGGGAAGUUCAAGAAGGCAAGGUCUCUGCUGGAGCAGAUGGAAUUGCCGGGGUUUAGAUGCCCACCCGAUACAUAUACGUACACGGUACUCAUUAGUUCAUAUUGUAAAUAUAGCUUGCAAACUGGUUGUAGGAAAGCUAUCAGGAGGAGGAUGUGGGAAGCAAAUCAUUUGUUUCGCAUUAUGCUAUUUAAGGGCUUUGUUCCUGACGUUGUGACUUACAAUUCUUUGAUUGAUGGCUGUUGCAAAACCAACCGGAUUGGGAGGGCUUUGGAGUUGUUUGAAGAUAUGAACAGAAGGGGUUGUGUUCCCAACCGAGUUACUUAUGGUUCCUUUGUUAGAUAUUAUAGUGCAGUCAAUGAGAUUGAUAAGGCUGUUGAGACUUUGAGGAAGAUGCAAGAAAUGAAUCAUGGAAUACCCACUUCCAGUUUGUAUACCCCAAUAAUACAUGCUCUGUGUGAAGCAGGAAGGGUUCGUGAGGCCCGGGAUUUUCUUGCUGAGUUGGUUGAUGGAGGGUCAAUACCUAGAGAGUAUACUUACAAACUGGUAUGCCAAGCGUUGAGCUUUUCGGGAGAGGCCAACUUGCUUGAUGAUGAAUUGCAUAAGAGAAUAAAAGACGGUGUAGUUAAGAGAUAUAGGCAAGUAAUGAAGGGAAAACCAAUCAUGACCCGUAAAGGAUAUUUGACUGAUGCUGAAGUUUGAUAUAGAGGAGAAACUUGUUUGUGGUCAGCCAUAUGAAUAUAUUUGUAUAAUAAGAAGAAUUUUGGAGGGCAUAUAUUGGCAUUCUGCAGACUAUAUAGGAGAAAAAGCUCAAAUUUAUACCACUACCAUGUCUUAUUUGGAUCUGUUUUUGAUUUGGCUCGAGUUCAUCAAAUAAGGUUUUGCCAAACAUGUACAAGAGCAACGCCUAAUAAGAAAAUGGAAAAAAUGGAAAAACGGAAAAAGAGUAAAUAAGAGAGGGGAAAAAAAGAAGAAGAAGCCAAACUAGCAAUCAUCCAAUGAUAAAAGGUUUUUGGAAAAGAAAUCCUUGAUCCAUCUACAGAACCGAACCAGCCAUUGCCCAUUAAUCCACCACCUGAAAUCCACCCAACCAUCAACCAACAAACUCAGCUCCCCCUCACUCAUUCAACAGCAAAAAUUUCAACAAAAAAGAGGCCCAUGGAAUCUACAAUUGAGGAACCCCAACAACCCUUGAAGAAGAAGCAACAAGUGACAGUGAAGGUUGAGAAACAAUCCAAGGAAAUAGAGAUGACAGACGAGUAGAUUAUGGAUGAUUCUACUUUGGCCUAUACUCUAUUGGACAUGCAGUCAAGCCACAAGGAAAAGAAAAAAUUCAAAGGCAAGACCCGAAUGAAUCCGUACAGUAGGCUGAAUCCAACCUCUCUCGGGAAUUCAAACAAGCUGAAGAGGCAAGUUUUAAGAUGCCUCCCUCUUCAAAAUGAGAACAUUAGCUUGGAAUUGCAGAGGCCUAACCUGACCCAAGGGAAUCAGAAUCUAAAGGCUAAUAUUAGAAAAUAUAACCUGGAUGUAGGUUUUUUGUCGGAAACCUUGGUAACGGAAGACCGCACCCUACCUAUUGUACAUAUUUUAGGUUUCCAUAAUUUUGUGCAUUUUCAAAGGGGGCCUAUUACUAAUGUGGAGAUCGGGUGUAGAAAUAGAACUAGUUAGUGUGAAUAUGAAUGCAAUUAAUAUUUUGGUGUAUUCGGAUCCUCCUCAUCAUCCUUGGCUUACUACUUUUGUGUAUGCUCUAGCCCAGUGGAAUCAAAAAGUAGAAUUUUGGAGU